AUGGGGUCAGAUCGGACCUGGGACAGACACAUUUCAGAUGUGGAGUGUCACUUGAACAAUGCGUACAAUAAGACUAUAGGUGAUACACCUUUCCACGUUUUGUUCGGGUACUACCCAAGUUUCAGGGAUGGUGUACUGCAUCAUGUCACUAAAGUUGAUGAAUGGGAUUCAACAGCAGAGAUCCAGAAUAAGAUACGAGAGCGCAUUACAAAGGAACACCAGAUGUGGAAGCAACGAUAUGACUCCAGACAUGUUAAACCAAUGCAGUUAGUAUUAGAGAAGUGGUGUUCAUAA